CCCUCCCAUAACGUUGAGAUCCUCUAGCAUUUUGUGUGUUGUUCAAAAUUCCCAACACCUUUAUUCUAGGGAAGGGCAGCAAUGCUUAUACAGUUAAGGGAAUAAAUUUAUUAAUAAAAAAUAACAGCAUAGGAUCGAAAUGUAGCAACUUGUGAGUCAAGGGAUGAUGAUAGGGCUAUGCGUGCAUUGAUAAGAAUGAAAUGAUCUCAGAAUGGCACCGCCACGCGUGGCCCCAAAAGGACACAAUGAGGAAGGGUGCGUGAGGAUGUCUGCGUAAUGACGUCACCGUGUCGGGGAGCGGAGGGAGGACGUUCCCAGGGUGCCGUGCGGCAGGCGGCGAGCCAUCUUGCAGUAAGAGGGGUAGAGAGAGAGAAACAGCCGGCCUGCGCCCGGGUCGCUGCGUGAGAGUCAGAGGGGUGGGCUCUCCUAUCCCAUUCCCCGCCAUAAAUAAAUAAAGAAGCCCCCUUUCUCUCGUUUCACUCCGCCCCCCGUUUUCUAACCUCUCCCCGCCUAACCGGCCUGUGCAGCGGCUGCCGGGGUUGGUGGGUGGGUUUAGCCAGCGUGUGUCCGGUUGAGUGAGGUGAAGGCCCCGGCUCCAGGCAGGGAGGUACUUUACUCCCUCCCUUGCUCGCUCCCCCUGCUCAACACCCCGUCCCCUCCCUCUUUCCCUGUCUCCGGCCCAUUUGCACAGCAGCGGGAGGUGGUGGACGAUGGCAUCGCUCCGCUAGUCAGGACAAGAACCUACCCCCUCCACUUCUUUUGCCCCACUCUUGUUCCCCCCGCUCGCCCUCCCUCCCUCCAUCCAGUCCAGUCAGCCGGGGGGCCCUGAGUUCCCCUGUCCCCGGAUAGGAGGAGUAGGAGGAAGACGCUACUGGUUCUGGGGGAGGGAGGAGGGGGGUAGGCGGUGUUUCAUCUGCGACACCGGCCCGGCCUUCCAUUCUUUUUAUUGCUAGGUGGGGGGAGAAGAGAGAUCAGUUAGCGAGAGAGCAGCGGCUGAAUUCCACCCCCCUUCGCCCACCCCGGGUAGGGCAGGCUCUCGGAGCCCGGCUGUUGCACCCUUUCCUCCUCCCCUCCCCUUCCUUUCCCUCUCGGACCAGAAGGUGGGGAGGGGAGCCCAGCCCGUGAGAUAGACGGUGAAAGCGCCGUGUGACUAACGACGAGCUAUAUAGAGUCACCCUCAUACGUUUUGCCCGAGCUGCCGCAGCAAGAAGCGGGACUCCGGGACGGGAGACACCUCAUCCGAGCGAAACCCAGAGCGGAGCAGCAGACAUGGUCAUUCUCCGCGGCUGUCGCAGUAUUUUCGGCGUGUGAGAGCGGGGCAGUUUAACCCCCCUCACCUACAGGACAACCUACUGACUCUUGGAGAUUUAUUUGCCUAUUUAUCAUUUUCACUCUGCUGGGAUAUUUCUCCACUGCAACGAGAAGAUGGUUUCCUUGAUCGACUGUGAAUUGUUAUAGAACAAGAGUGUUUAGCAGGACCAUCGAAUUUAUACUCGUGGUUGUGUUUCCAGCUUUCGAGCGGCGGAGGGGCGAAAGACGAGGUGAGAAGAGCGGUCCUGAAGGUAUUUAUUACAGUUUCACGAUGCCGGUUAAAAAGAAGAGCGGUUUCCAGAUCACCAGCGUCACCACGGCUCAAGUGGCGGCCAGCAGCAUCACCGAGGAUACCGAGAGCCUGGACGACCCGGACGAGUCCCGCACCGAGGAUAUCUCCUCCGAGAUCUUUGACGUGUCGUCCCGGGCCACGGACUACGAGCACGCCGAAGUGUGCGACCGCAGUUCGUCCGACGAGACCCUUAACAAUGUGGGUGAGGCGGACACCCCCGGAGCGCUCUCACCCAACAUCCCUCACGACCGGGAGAGUUUCGGGGGCAGGCUCCCCUCAACGGGGCCGGGAGGAGGCGGCGGGACGGUUGCCCCGGUCCCUGCCAGCGGGCCCGCCACGGCCUCGGGACCCACGCCGACCGCUUCCACGUCGGUGAGCGGCACCUCCGCCGGAGGGACGCCCAUGCAACCGGCCGUGGCUUGCACCUCGCGGUUCAGGGUGAUCAAGUUGGACCACGGCUCGGGCGAGCCUUUCCGCCGGGGACGGUGGGUAUGCACCGAGUUUUACGACCGCGAUUCGGACAGCACAAUGCUGGCAAGGUCGGCCGACAACAUCAGACCCAACGCCAGCAGCAGCAGCAUUGCCUUGGAGCAGCCGUGCGCCGACAGAGACAGUGGCCUGGGCGCCACGGUCAGCUCCGUUCAGUCCAUGCACGGCCUCGAUCCCCAGGCUGACACUUCCAUCAGUGUCACGGUAGCGCAGUUAGCUCAGACUGAUGUACUUCACCAGAGUCAAAGUUUCGUCAAAGGCCAGCAGCCUCCAAGCGGGCUUCCAGUGACUCAAGCUGCAUCCGGCACUCAAAUCUAUCCGUCUGCAGUGGGCGCUCAGCAACAUCAUUCGCAGAACAGCUUGGGGCAGCUCAGUGGGAUUAAUGGUAUGGCCAUCCAGUCAGCCAGCGCAUCAAGCUCCCAGACUAAUGUAGCUGCUAAUGUACACGCUUCGCAAGCUAAGCAGUUUCAGUUUUCUCACGUUCCGCAUUUACUACCGUCUCAAUCAACUGUUCCCAACAGCCACACAGAAUAUGUGCAACAUCUGCCUGCCAUGCAGGGUCUGGGAACUAUCCAGCAGUCUUCACCAGGUACAGUAAUUCAGAACACUGCGGCUAUGAGCCUUCCUGCUGGUCAUGUGACAAGUCAGGGUCCUUCUCCAGCCAUGCAGUCACCUGGCAGUGGAACUCAGGUUGCAGCAGUGCUACCCCAGAACAGUGAUUUGGACAGUCAGAGUGGCCAAGGGAAACAGAAUGCUCGACCGGGUCCUACAAAGGGUCUGAUCCUGCAGCAGCCAAGUUUGGGGUUGACGGGUGUUCAGCAACAUUUAACCCAACAGCAUCAGGCUCUGGGUCUGCAGCCUGGAAUGGUCAGUCAGGUGCCCGGGUUACCCAGUGUGGCUGCUGGCAUCCAAAAUGUGCCUAGUACUGGCGUUUCAAGUGUGCCUGGUGUGACGCCUAAUGUAUGUGCUGCGUCUGUUACAAUGCCAAGUGUUCCAGCAACCAUGGUUCAGUCCCAGCAAAGUACACAGACACCAAUGACUGGGAGUACUGGGCUAAUACAACCUGGGCUUCUGCCUGCGAUGCAAGGUUCAAUCAACUUAUCUUCAAUCAUGUCACAGACCAACCUGUUUCAGACACAGCAAGGUACAGGUCACCUAGAGGAGAGAAGAAAUUCAGAACAGCUUGUACCUCAGACUUCUCAGUCGGGUGAGAGCAAGUCCUCCAUGAAGCCUCUAAUUCCAGAAAUUCUUGGUAACCCUUUGAAUUUGCAAGUGGCCAGUCCAAUGAACAGCCUCACAAAUUCUGUGUUCUCAAUACCAAUACCAAUUGAUGGAGAUGAAGACAGGAAUCCAUCUGCUGCUUUCUACCGAGCUUUUCCUGUAAACAAGUCUCGGGAUGCAAAGACCCUCUACGAUAGUGCUUCAGGAGCUAGUGUGGUGGCAAUCGACAACAAAAUAGAACAGGCCAUGAUGGGACCCUUCUGUUUUCCCAGUGUUUCCUCAUUUCAGAAUUCCAGCAUCUGCAGAUUUUUCCACGCAAGUUAAUGAUUUGAAGGCUGUGCAUUUUGCGGACGGCACAGUGCAAACAAGGGGCAUCGGUGGAGAGGGGAAUGGAGGAGGAAAUAGGAAGCAGAAGGGCAGCCUUGGUUACAACAACUGUAAGAGGACCACUGGAACUGAAUCCGAGCAGAAGUGAACGUAUUCUAUGAUACUUGGGCUUUGAUGGUGGACAGACAGAUUUGCUACAGAUCUAAUCUUUUACACAUUGGUUGUUUGUCAGUCUUAUUCAUGCACAAGUUUUCAUAAAAUCAAUUAUUUUCCUGUAAAUGCCCGCAAGAAAAUUAAUCUCAAGAUAGCAUAAGGUUACAAAGUACCACAGCACUGAAACAAGCCCUUCAGCCCAACUAGAAAAUGACAAACUCAACACAAUAUUCCCUGUGUGGUCUAUUGAAGACUUUAGUAGAUCCAGCAUUAAAUUCUUCCAUCUUGCAGCCAAUUGCAAGAAUUUAUGCAGCAAUGGACAGGGCCUAUACUACUUAAAUACUUAAUCAAAGCAACCCUCAUUUUGACUGAGAAUUAAACAAUAGGAUUCAAUGCAUGGUUAAACAAAAGGUGGCAUUUUAUCUGUUUCAGUGGUCACUUUAUGGAGAUAAGAUUACAGUAAAGUACAUUGUGAUUUUUUUUAAACAAAAGUAACAAUGAUCAACAAAUAUCUGCAGUGUAAUAUGGCAAACAUUAGAUUUAGAAAUGUCAAAACAUGUAUUCAUAGUAUAUAGCACCGGAAGUCUCUUCAGCCCAUCUAGUACAUCCCAAUCUUAUUCUGCCUCGUUACAUCAACCCAGACCUGGACACCAGGAAUAUUUACCGUUACACUGAUGUACUAUUGGAAUUGCAUUAUUAGCUGAUCAGCAUUAACUUCACACAUUUAUAUGAACAGAAACCAAGACAUAUUGAGAACUUUCACAGAAAUAAGGCAACUUCACUGGCACAAAUAAUUUGAGAUGUAAUUUUAUUGCAUUUCUGUUACAAAACACUGGCCUCAGGUUCCCAUGGCAGCAACAUGUUAAGACAAUAGCAUUUUGAAGAUCGAUUUUGGCAAUACCACUGAUUCCCCGCUCUCUUCGGAAACACCUCAGAUGGGAAGAGAAACUACUUCACUGGCAGGUUUCCCAUCUGUUGAUUGCUUUACUAAUGGAGCAAGAGCCAAUGCAACAUUCUUUAGGUCUGCAGGCUUUCGUGGCUACAGCAUCAUUGCUCUGUAACUAGCUCUCACUGAAAUUCCUACAUCCACAUCUUAAAAAAGAUAGUUUACACACGAUUUGAGAUGGAGGACAACUAUAUUCACCUGCCAUGGCCCAAAGGUUAUAAGACUCUUAGUAAUAAUGAAUAGCACUUGAAGGUAAUCAUUACAAUAACUGUUCUGAAAAGUCAUUUGUAUUUGAAGAAAGCGAGGUUUGAAAAUGAGCACAUCAUCCAAAUCAAGCAAAAAUAUAUUUAUUUGGGUGACAAAUGCUGCAGUUGCUUACAAUCAAACACAAAUCGAUUGGCCCUGAUAAGACAAAGCAGCAACAGGUGGCCAAGAAAUAUGGCAACGUCAUCAUGCCGUGAUUGACAAUAGUUCCAGACCAUAGUGUUGACGAUGAAGAAGCAUAUUGUAUUUUGAUUGUUUAAUUACCACAGAGAAGAAACUGCCUUGUGAACAACUUUGAACCAGCUGUGCUUGCUCAAGGUGGAUGGGAAAAGUUCUAGAUCAAAGCAUAGAGGUACUUCAAUUCCUGGAUACCUAGGUUCAAUUAAAACUUAAACUCGUCACUCCCUUCCCCCCAAAAAGUCUGACCAUAAUUUGUUCCAGAUACGAAAAGACUUUAGAAAGAUCACUUGUUUCAAAAGAAAAGAACCAAAAAUCAAUUAACCUUCAAAAAUCAUUCCCAUCCAAGUCUUAAAAUGGUUGUAUGUUUUAAUAUACAAAAAAAGGCACUUUUCUGGAAUUAUAAAUUUAAUUUAGAAAGAUGCACAUUUUGUAUCUCAAAAGGGGGCAGGCAGCAGAUCCAUCUUCUCUACAAUUCUGAUGGUUGUGAAAAAAUGAGAACAAAAUUCUGAAUGCACAAAUAGGGUUCUCACAAUCUACACACUAUAUAUAAUGCUAAAAUAUUCACAUUAAAUAUGAACUUACAAACUGUUUCCCUGAUUAAAAUACAAAAUCAAAUUGCUGCAUGGCUUUUACUGUACCCUUGCCUUCAGGAGACAUGAAGGAAUGAACUGGACUUUUAGCAACACCAUGGAAUGGUUUCUCAAAAGCAAUUACAGAAAGGUAAUCCUGUAAGAUCCAUUGUUUAGAAGACAGAUGGGCUGGAAUGGUCAGACUCACAGCUGGAAUUAACAGCAAGACACUUAAAAGGUACAGAAGUUUAAUUUUGUCCAUCUCACAUGCCCAUUCGGAUACUCUGGAUAAUCUGGAAGAUAGCUG